AAAUUUGGGCCUAGUUUGCUACAAGCUAACAAUUGAAAAGCCUCUUAAGACACAUGAAAUAGUAACGACGUCGUUUACUCAUGAAGCGAAAGACGGCAAACACGAACGGGUUUACGUAGACCGUCAAACGCUCCUCCGUCCGACGGAGAAAAAACGAGACGGUGAAGAAGAAGAAGAAGAAGAAGAAGAAGAACGACUCAAAGAUCUCAUCGAUCACUCUCUCCAAGAUCUAUUCACGCAUCGUCGGAAGAAUUUUCGCUUCCGACGACGUUUCUCUCGUCUGAUUUUGUCUCCGAACAUCCUACCUAAUCGUAUUCGGUGCUGGAUUUGAAUCCGGUGAACUGAAUCUGACAAUUUCGUUCCCGGAGGUGUUUAAAAAUGGCCGGGAUCUUGAAUAAAUUGCGGAAUCUAGAUGCAUAUCCUAAGAUCAAUGAAGAUUUUUACAGCCGUACAUUAUCCGGCGGAGUUAUCACUCUCCUCUCCUCCGUUGUUAUGUUCCUUCUCUUCUUCUCCGAGCUCCGUCUUUAUCUUCAUACAGUCACCGAGACGAAGCUUAUAGUAGAUACUUCAAGGGGAGAGACGUUACGCAUCAACUUUGAUAUUACGUUUCCUGCUCUAGCAUGUUCGAUUCUUAGUGUUGAUGCUAUGGAUAUUAGUGGAGAGCUUCAUCUUGACGUGAAACAUGAUAUCAUAAAGAGAAGAUUAGAUUCUAAUGGCAACACUAUAGAGGCAAGACAGGACGGAAUAGGCGCUACUAAGAUUGAAAACCCACUGCAGAAACAUGGUGGCAGGCUGGGACAUAAUGAGACUUACUGUGGUUCUUGCUAUGGGGCUGAAGCGGAAGAGCAUGACUGCUGCAAUUCGUGUGAGGAUGUUCGUGAAGCAUAUAGAAAGAAAGGUUGGGGGGUUACUAAUCCAGAUUUGAUUGACCAGUGUAAACGAGAAGGUUUUCUACAAAGAGUAAAGGAUGAAGAAGGUGAAGGGUGUAAUAUAUAUGGGUUCUUGGAGGUCAAUAAGGUGGCUGGGAACUUCCACUUUGCUCCUGGGAAAAGCUUUCAUCAGUCGGGCGUGCAUGUUCACGAUCUUCUUGCUUUUCAGAAAGACAGUUUUAACAUAAGUCACAAGAUCAAUAGACUUACUUAUGGAGACUACUUUCCUGGCGUCGUUAACCCUCUUGACAAAGUCGAGUGGAGUCAAGACACACCUAAUGCUAUGUACCAAUACUUUAUCAAGGUUGUACCAACAGUAUACACAGAUAUCAGAGGACACACAAUUCAAUCGAAUCAGUUCUCAGUGACCGAACAUGUAAAGAGCUCAGAAGCAGGUCAACUGCAAUCUUUACCUGGAGUUUUCUUCUUCUAUGAUCUCUCUCCAAUCAAGGUAACAUUUACGGAGGAACACAUAUCAUUCUUGCACUUCUUGACGAAUGUUUGCGCCAUAGUUGGAGGUGUCUUCACAGUGUCCGGGAUAAUAGACGCGUUUAUAUACCAUGGUCAAAAAGCUAUCAAGAAGAAGAUGGAAAUUGGUAAAUUUAGCUAAAUCCUUUAAGCCUUUUUGGGGUUUUCGUCUCUCUCUUUUUGUUUUGCGGAUAAUACGAUUCAUGCUCCAAAUGUAAUAUGGUGUCAUUUAUUUAAUUCUUUUUGUUAAGCUGACUAUAUAAAAUAUACAUAUUGAUACGUUACACUCUUUUAAUGCAAAUUGAAGGAUAAGUCUUGGGUUGUGUCAAUCCAGCUGUUGACAGCCUCAUGCGUGCGUUACAAUUAUCGUCUUUUGACUUUUUGUCUUUUGAAGAUAUUAUGGGUUUUGAAUCUGAAGUUAAGUCUUGAGUCUAUCUUUGAUUGUAGUGUAUGGAUUCAAUGAAUGGAAGAAAAAGAAGCAAAACAGUCUCCAUAAUAAACGCUUAGAGUACAGAGAAUCAUUAUUA